GAGCGAGCCAAGCGCACACAGCCAGCCCUCCACGCACCCUGGCCGGAGUAAUAGAGGACCACUGGAGAACGAAUUCUUACGAUAUACCGGACAGUCAUCACGAAACAACAGUAGUGUACGGUGGAACCUGUUGGCUGGAUGGUGUUGGGAACUACAUCUCCUCACACCCAGCUCAUGUAGAUUUAUUGGUGAUGGCAGAUGGUAAGGCAACGAAGAGAUGAGUACCCCGGCCUACCCAACACAUAUCACAUGGCUGCAGACCGUCAUCGUGUUGCUGCUUUCUGGAACUCUGAAUCUUUGGGAGGUUGCCACCGCUGAUCCUCAGAGGCUCUUCGGGCCAGACAGUCCCAUUAUUGUUGUUCCAGGGACCGCAACAUGGGGUGACAGCUCAGCCGCAAGUGGCCCCAUCUCUCUUGGAGGAAUGAUUAGUUCUAAUUUGGUCAGUGUACCCCAAGUAGGGUACUUCCGCGGCAGCGUAACAUACGGUACAAGCAAUGUCCGGUGGGUUGGGAAGGCCACACCCAUCUUUCAUUCUCCCUCUACUCGUGUCAUCUCGACGUCGUUUUCUGUUGUGGGCGGCCGGCCAGACUAUCGAAUCUUCGACCCCUACGGAUCAGCUAACGGCACACCAACUGUGCGUCCUCCUGUUAUCCAAUUUCCAACUACGCAAACUCCAACUGUGCAACCUCCUGCUGUGCGACCUCCCGUUGUGCAAUUUCCAUCUGUGAGACCUCCAUUCGCCAUACCACUGCCUACUAGACAUCCUGCAGUGCGACCUCCAAUACUGCCAUACCCCUCACCAACUUUAGUCAUGUGGAACUAUAGAAGGAGAACCCCAUUCCCAUACUUCCCAACUCAUGGUUAUCCAAGAAGGUUUAACCCCCAAGGAGUGUUCUUCAGGGCACUUCAAAGUGGGUCCCCGAAUCUGCAUACACCAGAACAAAGAGCAAGAGCAAGUACACUCUUCAAGGAUGAGACAGAUGGGAGAACAGGUAGCACUGAACCUAUGACAAGAUUUCAGGGUGACAAGUCAGAGAUCAAGACGCAAGGAUUAAGCUUUCCCAGUUUUAAUUACUCUAAAGUUACUGAAAAAAAUAGACCAAAUUCUCAUAAAGGAAAUCUGGAUGAACUCACAGCUUCAUCUGAAGAGAAGAUAGUCAUUGACAAAACUUUUAAGGAUAUCAGAAAUUCUUCUGUUGAUCAAAAAGAUAUAGAAGAAGCAAUUAAAUUUUCAAGCCAGAAAACAAUAUCAGUGAAUGAGAGACAGGCAGAUGAUGAAAACUUUGUUACUGAUCCGACAGUCUCCAGUGUUGAACGAAGCAGUGAAAAGAAUCCCGGCACGACGACGUUGACGGUCACACUCCAAGAUAACAGUCAAAAGGAAGACCUACCUGAUGAUAAGAUAGUGAUAGCAUCCAUCGAUGUGAAGCCUCUUGAGGAUGGCACAGUGGUGGCUUAUUACGAGGACCUGAGCGCUUCCCCUUACGCCUCUCUCCCAAAGGAUCCCGUCAACAGGUUCUCUGCCGGUCAUGACUCGUUUUCAAACACCACGAGAAAACCUAAACCACAAUACAUUAUCGUGAGGGAUUCCAAAUUUAAUCAGUCCGUCACAGUCCUGGACAUAGAUCGAGAGGCUGCAGGAUCUGGGUCUGAUGACAAUAAAGGGAUGGACAAUAUCAAUAGAAAUUCUACAAUCAAAACCGAUGAUUCUUUCUCCAAAAGUAGAAAUCAUCCACCUUCAAACAAUAUGUCGAAUGUUGAUGAAAAUGGAAAUCCUUUCUCAGAUGAAAUGUCACCUAAUUAUGAACUCGGAGCCCAUCUUCCUGAUGAGGAUGUGUCAACUGUCGAUGAAAAUAGUAAUACUCCUAAUCAGAAGGAUGAAUCCUCUAUAGAACACAAAGUUCAUUUUCCUUCAAGGGAUGUAUCUCCUGUUGAUGAAAACAGUAAAUCUUCCUCUCAGAAGAAUGAAUCCUCCGAUAAUGAACACAUGAACCAUACUCCCGUUAAGGAUGUACCUCCAAACGAUAACACUGUUGAAAAGGAUAAGGAUGGUGAUGCCGAGGUUGUCAGAGGCACUACGCAGAAACCCUCGUCAUUUUUCCCAGUUGACAUACAGGAAGAUGAGGGUACAUCAUCAUCUUCCUCCAUUGUGUUUACAAGACAUGUGAAGACUGUGGCUUUUGGUCAAGGUAUAUUAGUUACACUGCUUAUACUCUUAUGAUUCCCCAUACAGAAAUAGAACCACUGUUUUUAUCACAUUAUUUUUCAAGGUUGACAAAUUAGUUGUAAAUGUUUGUACUGCAUUAAAUAAUUUGCGUUUCUCUCAUGAUCGUGAAAGUAACUUCUCAAAUGUUACAUUGACUAAAUUUAUCCCAAUAAUGAUAUAGAAAUGAUCUUAUAUUACUUUCAGAAUUAAGAAAUAUAAUAAUUUUGAGAAACUGUUAAAUGAAAAAAAUAUUAAAAUUUCAGUUCUGUGAAAUUUUCAUUGAAACAAAAAGAAAAGAAAAGUGAUUAUCUUACUUUCAAAUAUCGUGAACAAACUCAGUGUGACAAUAACAAGACAGACAUAGAGAAUCACAUUUAUAAAUCGCAGAGACCACGUUUUGAAAUAUACCCUGAAAAACAUAUCACAAAUCGCUGUCCCACGUAUGAAACAGAGAAGUAUAAAAUAAUUCACUAAAAAAUGAGUGCAUGAGACGCUGGAGAGUUUAUCUUUAUAAUUACUGUGUUUAUUACUUCCAUCCAACAACAAUAAGCUGCCCCAGUUGUUGCACUACGAAAAAAAAAACCAGAUGAUUUUCAAAAUACAUAAAUCAGUUAUAGCAGGUACAGUGUUAUAGCACGAAUAUUAAUGUUAAUAUGUAUUAUAGAUAUAGGGACAUUUAUUUAAGGAUGAAUUUCAAUGAUGAACAGAAAGAAAAUACUUCGUUAAUCUUUGACCUUAAGGUGACCUCUAACCGAUGACCUUAAGGUUAAUUCUAACAUGACCUCAGCAAUGUGAAGGUGACUUGACAAUACAUCAAUAUAACAGUUAACACCAGCAGGUGAAUUUGGUUACUUCUGUUCAUGUUAUGUUUUUCUUAUUCUUAACCUUCUUAGUCCUUCUAAAUAUCAAGAACUUGUACAAGAAUCAUUACCUUAGUUGUAAUUUGUAAUGAAAUAUAUAUUGUUACUUGUCAA